GAACCGGAUACGAUAUAUCCUCUGGGACAACAGCUACUCUGUUCACCCCCUUCACUUCCACAUGACGCCAUUUACAGCAUAAACCCGACCUCCUCUCCGGAAAGAAGAAAAAACAAGAGCUGAAAAAAACUUGAAAUCAGCACAGUGUGUGCCAUGCAGCCAAACAUUCAACUUGCGAACCGCAACGCUACUUCUUGAAAAAAGUACUUCUUUAUUUAUUUUUUUUCUAUAAACUCGGCUCAUUUUGUUGGAUUCUGGAACUUAUUUUCUUUUUGGCAUUAUUAGUGGUUUAACAGCACAAGUUAAACUACACCGCGUUCUACUUGGAAUAAAAUUCAGGUGUUAUUGUUUCGCGCGAGCUGCGCGGAAAAAUACGCAAAUACGAGGACGCGCGAGUGUUUGCUAUCAUCGGGAUUUUUGUGAAUGAAUCUCCCAAUGAAUUGAGGACUAACCAAAGAGAAAUUCCUACUAGUAGGAUAUACUCUUCACAACACAAAUAGGGGGUUGAGGUGGUGAGAUCACGGACUUCAGAUGUGUUCAAUGCCAGCCGGAGAGUUCCCACUUCAGAGUAAAGAUGGAGACGAGAGCUCAAAAUGGCGGCAGCGGCUCCUCUGGCUUGCUGCGAGCUUUGCGUGACAGUGGCAGACCCCAGACUGGGGACUCAGAGCCUUGGGAGGGUCAGGUGCUCUCCCUGGACCAGAUCAGGACCAUCCGCAGCAGCAAUGAGUACACAGAGGGCCCGACGGUGGCACCCCGGCCACCGGCCUCCCAACAGAAAACGGACUCGCAACCUUCCAGCCCAACUUCCACCGCUUCCAUUGAGCUCUCUGAACAUAUAAACUCCCCGAGAGCCCAACAAGCGGGACAGCAGACUCCUCAACAAGCCCCUCAGUCACCAAGGAGCGGCAUGAGCAGAUCCAUCAGUGGCACCAGCGACGGGUCACGCAGUACUGCCAGGGCCAGUACGGGCAGCACUUCAUCGGAGCAAAGACUUUUGGGAAACGCAGGCAGGACGGGUGAUCGGGUGGUGAGGGUGCAGCCCAAACGUUCAGAGCAGAAGCAGGAUGAACUGAAGCCCUUGGCGACAACCCCAGGCCAGGCUGCCGAUGGAAAGCACUCGAAUCGCUGUGAGGACUGUGGCCGCUGCAAGUGCGAAGGGUGCACCUGCCCUCGGACCCUGCCAUCCUGUUGGAUGUGUGGCCGCAGGUGCCUUUGCUCAGCGACAACAACAAUGGACUACGUGACCUGUGUCUGCUGCGUCAAGGGUCUCUUCUACCACUGCUCCAGCGACGAUGAGGAUGUGUGCGCGGACAAGCCCUUCUCUUGCAGCCAGUCGCAUUGCUGCAUGCGGUGGUCGGCCAUAAGCGUCCUGGCAAUUUUCCUGCCCUGCCUGCUUUGCUACCUCCCGGCAAAGGGCUGCGUGGCGUUGUGCCAGGCGUGCUACGACUGCACCAGUCGGCCAGGAUGCCGCUGCAAGAACAAAGGAAUUGAGAAAUAAAUUAGGCUUGGUUCCUGGAGUAGCACUGGGAAGAUAACCUUAUCUUGGACUAUCUCCAGAGCAGUGGAAAAAUAUUCGCAAAUUGUUGUAGUUUUGGCACUGUAGACCAUGAGGUGACAUUGGAUUGGCGGAAAAACUGGUUUGAAGUGGUUUGCUUGUUUGUUUGUUUUUGCUUUUCUCUUAUCCACUUUCUCUCUUUCUAUCACUCUUUAAGGGGGAUAAUGUUUUUGUUUUAAACUGAAGUACAGAAUGUUAGCCCUAUUGACAUUCAGUAAUAUGACUGAUAAAGGUGACAGACUCUCCUAACUAACUGUUUGUGAAUAGUAUCUGCAAAGUAUGUAAAUUAGCAAAUGAGCUCUUUUUCUGAGAGAUUUUAUUUUUGUACAUAUAAUAUUUCAACUGUGAAAAGCAUUGUGCCAAACCAGAGGCACCUUGACAGAUCCAUAUAUAUGACGCAUAUAUAAAACUUGUAUAGUGUUGUACAUUCAUUUCGAAUGUAUAUCAAUCAGUCUUUUGAUAUGUUGCCUUAUAGAAGAGAAACCUUAUACAUGAAUUAUCCCUCCAACUAUACUUGUAAAUUGUACAGUGACCCUAAGAAAAACUUUAUUUUCUAAUUUCAACACAUUGUUUAGUGUAAAAAUAUUUAUUUGAAGUUUUAUUAUUUUAUAAAGUAAUAUUUAUUUUGAGAGGCAUCUUUAUAGGCAUCACCCCAACUUUGAGAAACAAAACCUCCUCUGUUGUUGCUGCAAAAAAAGGGUGACAAGGGUGUCAAAUCCGAUGCAUAUGUUCACUAUAAAAUAGAAAAUAUAUUAACGUUUUGAAAUUAAACAAUGCAUUUUCUGUGUUCUUUAUGGCCUGCUGUUGGCCUUGUUUUUAGCCUUUGAGCACAAAGACCCAUUUCAGAAAAUCUACUGUUUUCAAUCGCCUUUGUUUACCCGAUGGAUCUUCUGUCAGGGUCGUAUUUCACGUUGCGUUUAUGAUGACAGCGAUGAUGUUCGCAGAGCUUCAGUUUCGAGGUCAUCUGAAAAUAAAGCGAUGAAAGUGAUAGUGUACGUUGGCAAAUCAGCAAAAUAGGUGCGUUACUGAGAGAUUCUAUCGAUGAGAUCUUCCUGCACAAAGGAGAUCAAGUGAAGUUUAAUAUAGCUCACUAUAAAUGCCACAUUGACUAUUGUUUGGUGUUGACUGUUAUUUCAUGAAUGAUCUUGCUUUAACCGUGGCCAUU